UGGACAAACGCACUUGGGCGAAGGGGCCGUUAGGAGUUGUAGUUUUUUGCCUAAAGCAGCCCUCGCCAACGCCUGGGCGGGGGCGGAUCAGAGACUACAAGUCCCAGGGGGCGCUCGCAGGGCGUUCGCUAGGCGGCCGGUACGAAAGAGGAACUCGGCUGGUGUGUGAAUUCCUCUUUCUAGGAAGCUCAGACUACUAUUGUUCCAGAAUUGGAAAUGCCCGGCUUGCCUGCUCCUUCAAUGCUUCAGAGGCCGCUGCUAAGUAAAAAGUCUUCAUAGAGAUCUCCUUGUCAGCUCCCCAGCAUGGCACUGCAGUGUCUCCUGCUCCUGACUGGCCUUCUGACGGGAGGCAUGUGCAAGUCCACAGAAAGCAAGGCCCAGCAACCUGAGUGUUGUAUGGAUGUGGUAGACUUCAAUGCUACCUGCCUAGGUACAGGUCUAUGUGGCCCAGGUUGCUACAGGCACUGGAAUGCAGAUGGGAGUGCUAGCUGUGUCCGGUGCUGGAAUGGGACCCUCCCGACAUACAAUGGCUCUGAGUGCAGAAUUCUCACUGGCCGGGGCAUGCAGUUUCCCAUGAACAGAAGCACAGGGACACCUGGACAGCCACAUUUUGGGGGUCCUCAUGUGGCAGCUUCCCUCUUCCUGGGGACACUCUUCAUCAGCACAGGCCUCAUCCUCUCUGUGGCUGGAUUCUUCUACCUCAAGCGCUCCAGUAAACUUCCUGAAGUUUUCUACAGGAGAGACAGAAGAGCCCCUGUCCUGCAGCCUGGUGAAACAGCUGCAAUGGUCCCCCUGCCACAGUCUUCAGUGAGGAAGCCAAGAUACAUCAGGCGUGAGCAGCACCCAGACAAGAAUAGGGAUCCUUCUGCCUUCUCUACAGUGGAGGCCCACAUCAGCAACGUCUGAUCUAGAGGUCAACUGAGACUUCACAGUACAGCAGUGGAGACCCAAGGCUCCCCUCCAGUGAGCUCACUACACAAAGGGCCUGGGGCUUAAGAUAUCCCAGAAUUGACUCCCAAUGGCAGACCUGUACGAAUGCUAGGGGGAUGCUAACCUCCAUGCCAUGAGAUCUUCACUGUGUGGUUUAACAGGAGCAACCAUCUGUGAGACUGAGGACUCAAGAGCAAGUCAUGUGGGGUCUGUGCCCCUUAAGAGUAACAGCAUCUAUAACAGCUAUAACACAGGCCUGAUCCAAACAAUCAAAACUUCUGGAGCCCACCCACUGGAGCCCAUAGUAGACAGGACUCUCCAUUACCACCGAGCUAAGAAGAUGAAACCAAGGUUCCAACAGUGGAGAAAACACAGCCUGGAUACUGGUAUCAGAGAUAGGUUGCUCUAUUGUCUGCCUGCUAAUUUAGCUGCUGACCUCUCAAGGCACAUACAUAUUUCUCAGAGUUGCAGAAUUGAGUGUCCUAGGUUUUCUGAUUCCAGAAGCCAGCAGAACCUUGUCUUCCAGGGACAGACUUCCAUCCAGCUACCUUUCAGGCUGGGUACUCAAAGUAAAAUGUUUACCCAUGGGGUCUCUAUCUCUGAACACUUCAGGUCACUUGUCCCAUUGGGCUUGUGAGGUCAUGCUGGUUAGCAGUCCUGUCUUUGCUCUUCCAAGACUCUAGAAGCCUGUGAGCUGCUAGUGUGACUGGUGGUGUUGGCCAUGUGUUCCUAUAGAAGAAGGUACCCUGAUUACCAGUGCCAUCUGUGUAUGAUCCAAAGGUGUCUAGCAUCUUCUUUGACAUCAAGCACACAUCCGAUGUUAUUCACAGUGUUAUGAGUUUGCUUUCCCAGACUUGAACCAGUGACUCAGGUAGCAGCAGCAAUUCAAAGUUGGACCAAUUAAAUUAGACUAGAUCUUC